AGAAAACACAGCUUUUGGUUCGUUCUGUUUUAAUUGAAAAUUGUCACUCUUUUAAACCAACUAUAGUCACUCCUUUGGAAGUCAUCUCUUCUAUCAUUCAACUACCCAGACGAACCCGAGCUUGAGAUAAAAGUUUUUAAGUAUGUUUUCCAAAAGCAUCUUUGUCCUUUUGGCUACCGCCCUUUUACAGGCUCUUUCUGCUUAUGCUUUUGACCCGUCCUCCAACUCCAAUGUUGCUGUCUACUGGGGCCAAAACUCAGGUGGAACACAAACUAGAUUGGCUGACUACUGUCUGUCGAAUUCAGUUGAUAUUAUCAUUAUUUCUUUCCUAUAUGUCUUUCCAGAUAACUUGCAAGUUAAUUUCGCCAAUGCAUGCGGUGGUGCCACCACUCCAGAUGGUACUUUGAGAUGCGACCAGAUAGCUGAAGACAUCAAAACCUGCCAGGGCCAAGGCAAGAAGGUAUUGUUGUCCAUGGGUGGAGGAGUAGGUACUUAUGGAUUUACAAGUGAUUCCCAGGCAGAAGAAUUUGCUGAAACUUUAUGGGAUUUGUUUGGAAACGGCAGUAUUUCAGAAGAUGAAAGACCACUUGGAGAUGCUAUCGUUGAUGGGUUUGAUUUCGAUAUUGAAAACCAAAACCAGGUAGGAUAUGCUGCGUUGGCAACUUCUCUCAGAACUUACUUUGCUCAAGAUACUUCUAAGACUUACUAUCUUUCAGCUGCUCCUCAAUGUCCAUACCCAGAUGCUUCUGUCGGAGACUUGUUGGCCAAUGCUGACAUCGAUUUUGCUUUUAUUCAAUUCUACAACAACUACUGUCAAUUGGGUCCAAACUUCAACUUCAAUACGUGGGAGGAUUAUGCUGAAAAUGUUUCCCCCAACAAGAACAUCAAGCUCUUUGUUGGAUUGGCUGCUGCUCAAAGAGCUGCCAGUUACGGCUAUGUGGAUGCUGCUACUGUUGACACUUAUUUGACAGACGAUAUCUUGUCCAACCCCAACUUUGGUGGUAUUUCACUUUGGGAUGCUUCUGCAGGUUUCAGCAAUGUAGAUGAAGUAUCUGGACAAAAUUAUGUUCAACAGAUGAAAGCAAUUGUGGUUGGAGAUGGUGUUGCAACUACUUCUACUAUCUCAACUUCAACCACACAAACUAGUACUUCUAGUACUUCAACCACUUCAAGUACUUCAACCACUUCGAGUACUUCGACCACUUCGACCACUUCGACCACCUCAACCACCUCGAGUACUUCGACAACUUCAAGUACUUCGACCACUUCAAGUACUUUGACUACUUCUACUACUUCAAUUACCUUUACUGCCCCACGUUAUUCAAAAGUCACACAUGUUGUCACACUCUAUACUACUCCUCCAUUGCAGGAUGGUGCCUACUACACUACUGGUUGGGUUCCUCAAGAUGGACAGUACGACAACUCCAAGUUCAAUGACGGCCAAUGGCACGAAUAAUUAGAUACCCCGACUUGAAGUCAUUUUCUCUAGUUUAAUUUUCAUUUUGUAACAUACAACUUUUAUGUAUUUUUAUGACUCUAAUAUAAUACACCGUUUGAUUUUG